UGUGAGUGUGUGAGUCUCAGUCUGUUUGUGUGUUUUGGACUCCAUCCUCCGGCUCCAGUUCUGGUGGAGGACCGGUCGGCGUGCUGAAGGGUUUUCUACAUCUCACACGUGUGGAGCAAAGACACAAUAACACAGCAGAAGGCGCGCAGCGGGCAGCUAAACCCCUCGCGGGUGACGUCUAGGACCUCCUCCUCCGACACAGCAUCAGGAAUGGCGGACUACGACAACUACGACGACCGGGACCGGGCCUACGGCAGCUUCGGCGGCGGCAGAGGGCCCCGUGGCGGCGGCGGCCCCGGAGGCCCCCGGAAGCAGAAGGAGCUGCCGUCAGAUCCCCCGUUCACGGCCUUCGUGGGAAACCUGCCCUUCAACACGGUGCAGGGAGACAUCGACAUCAUCUUCAAAGAGCUCAACAUCCGCAGCGUCCGAUUGGUCCGAGACAAAGAGACAGACAAGUUCAAAGGUUUUUGUUAUGUGGAGUUUGAAGAUCUGGAAUCUCUAAAAGAAGCUUUGACGUACGACGGAGCUCUGCUGGGCGAUCGCUCGCUGAGGGUGGACAUCGCAGAGGGGCGGAGACAAGAGCGGGGGGGCAGUGGAUUCGGCUUCAAGAAAGAUGAGGGCCGAGGACGAGGAGGCUCUCGAGGAGCUCCCAGAGGAGGAGGAGGAGGAGGGCGGGACUCUCGAGAGGACUUCUACGACCAGCCGGGUGGAGGUGGCGCUGCCGGCUCCGGAGAGUUGUGGAAGGUUUUUGGUUGUUCAGUGUGGAUCAGACACCGACCCCCCACCAGAACAUUGAUGAGGCCUGCAGAGUUCUCAUUCUUCCUGUCCCAUACAGCUGGACCUUUGGUUUGUAGCUCCACCUGUAGCCUACGCUUCUUUGAUUUGCCUGCUGGUUCUGCGGGAACCGGGCCGGUCCGGGCUCGGGUCUGAGCGGGUCACGUUGGUUCCAGAAGGGAUGUUAACGGUGGAAUUGUGUCUUAAAACGGAUGAAAACGAUGUUUUUACCUCUUUUUGUUUGUUCCCCACUUUACUCAUUGCAAUAAAACUGAUCAUCUUCAAACACCA